CUGCUUCGUGGCUAAUGAUCAUUGAGUGGUUCAGUAGUGUUUUUCCCCGAGUUUUAAGCAGCUCGUCGGGGACUUUGAAACGGAAUAAAUUUUCCACUGUAUACGUCCGCUGCACACUUCGUACCUAAAGCGGUUAAAAAAUAUUUGCAACAUUGCAUAUCUACGAUCGGCUCCGUUGCAGCAAAGGCUAUAAGAGAUAUACAUAUCUUGCGUCCAUAGAGUGCGCGGGGUGUUCAUAGAUGGUCGAACGGUUUAGUGUAUGCAGAAGUGCGGCGUACGAGAGUUAAAAAUUGAAUGGAAAAACAGAUUAGGAAGUAAAUAAAACUGUAGUUGAGUAGUUCGAUGAUUAACGGAAUUGAUUAAAAUUGUUAAAAAAAAUUAAAACAGUAUAUAUAUAUAUAUAUAUCGACACGAUAAUAUCUGCGUACGCGCACAAGUAAAAUAGGUACCUGACUGCUUGUCGUGCAGUUGUAGGUAAUAAGUUGAUUUGAAAGUACGAAUCGCGAAUAAGGAUAUUAUCAAGAACUUGUAUAGAAAAAUAUAACGACAGAAGCUGAAACAAAUAUCAUCGAGAUUCAUCAACCAACAUCGCAAUUUGUAUCGCAUCAUAUGCGGAGGAAGCGCGAAAACAGUGAAGUAACAAUAAUAACAAUAUUUUCUUUUCGCGUUAUAUGACCUGAAGUAUAAUCGUCAGAGGGCAGGGGCAAAUGUUUAUCAAGACAAAUAACAAAAAACAACAACCAAACAACCGGUCAUCGAAUAUAAACGCAACCGAUACGAACCACGUUCCAUCGAAAGGAGUAAUCGUCAUUACCUCAAGAGAGAGAGAGAGAGAGACAGAGUGAAAUCAUCGCCUGAUACAUAUCACUCCUACUCCCCCCACCCUCACCCCAUCCCCACCACGCCGCCGUUUUCCCCCUCCCAUUCCCCGUCCCGGCCAAACCUGCCCCUCGUUUUCCUCCCCCUCACCUCCGCCCCCUCCCGUCGUUCUUCUUCCCCCUCUCUUUCGGCCGUCCACCACUCUUUGACACUGUGCGUUAUCCUCGGUUGACUCCUGCUGAAAUAUAUUUGUAAUCAUCCAAAAAGUAGUCACGACGAAGAUGCCGCUCUUCGGUAAAAAGGACUCUAGCAAGAAAUUGAAAAAGGAUGGAAAGGACGAGAGAUUGCCGUCGGUUGACGAGAAAUACAUCCUCAAGGAAUUACUCGGAACGGGAGCGUUUUCCGAGGUCAGAUUGGCAGAGAGUAAAGAAAAACCUGGCCAGAUGUUUGCCGUGAAGAUAAUUGACAAGAAGGCGUUGAAGGGUAAAGAAGACUCGUUGGAGAAUGAGAUAAAGGUGUUACGAAGGUUCAGUGAAACAGUGAAACCACAGAGCGGUGGUGGACCGUUCAAGUCGGAUAAUAGUGGCGAGACGGGAUGGCUGACCCACCCGAACAUUGUGCAGCUUUUGGAAACGUUCGAAGACAAGCACAAGGUCUACUUGGUAAUGGAGUUGGUCACCGGGGGAGAACUCUUCGACAGAAUUGUAGAGAAAGGUUCUUACACAGAGAAAGACGCUUCCGGUCUUAUACGACAAGUGCUCGAAGCAGUCGACUACAUGCACGAGCAGGGUGUCGUUCACAGAGAUCUGAAACCUGAGAAUCUCCUCUACUACAGUCCGGACGAAGACAGUAAAAUCAUGAUCAGUGACUUUGGCCUAUCGAAAAUGGAGGAUUCCGGAAUAAUGGCAACGGCCUGCGGCACGCCUGGUUAUGUCGCACCGGAGGUAUUGGCGCAAAAGCCAUAUGGCAAAGCCGUAGACGUAUGGAGCAUAGGCGUGAUAUCUUAUAUUCUAUUGUGCGGAUAUCCACCGUUCUACGACGAGAACGACGCCAAUCUGUUCGCCCAGAUAUUACGAGGUGAAUUUGAGUUCGAUUCGCCGUACUGGGAUGACAUUAGCGACUCUGCAAAGGAUUUCAUUAAGAAAUUGAUGUGCGUUAACGUCGACGAACGAUACACCUGCAAACAGGCGCUGGCGCACCCUUGGAUAUCCGGAAACGCGGCGAGCAAUAAAAAUAUCCAUGGCCCGGUAGGAAUGUCUCCCUGUUGUCUCAUGGUUGCAGCAAGCGUAUCACGCGACUACGGUCAUCCGUCAGAUGCAACGGCUAGCGCUCAACAGUGGCCUUCAGCAGCAGAAGGGUGUCCAAGGUUCGACCGGCCUUUCCUCCAGUGGAAGCAAUUCAACGCAGCAGCGCCAAGAUCCAUCGUCCGUCAGUCCAAAUAUAAAUCGUCAUCAACAACAGCACAGAGCUCCGUUAGGACAGUCGACAAAUUACAACUGAAGCCAAUGCUGGAGGAGGUACAACAAUCUAAUGUCGUACCAGCUUUGUUGGUUCUGGCGACUCCAGUGACACCGUUAUCUCUAAACGACUCUAAGAUAUAUCACCGUAGUAAACGCUUCAAGUUGUUAUGGUGCAGCACGCGAAGCGCUCUCUCAACAUUGUUCCCAGCGAAAAUAUCGCAUCUUAGAAAACAUAAGAAGUGUAAAAAGAGUUGAACGUCUAACCUCGAACAAUGUAUGUUCGAUUCAUUCUGUUUGUUCUACAUUCAAUACAUAUAGGUACACACAUAUAUAUAUAUGUAUGUAUAUAUACAUAAAUACAUAUAUAUAUAUAUGGAUAUUUUUUCUUUCAAUCUGGAUCUGAUUUUUUCGAACAAAAAUAUCGCGAUGAAUUUUUCAAAGCGAUUGGGCCGAAAUAUCAAAAUCUUCUAUCGUUGAUUUGGAAAAGAAGAAACAAAAAAAAAACAGUAUCGAUGCGGUUGAAAAAAAAUUAAUCAAUUGCUUGUCAUUGUUGCAAGUUUAAGGGGAGCAUUGAAAAUUCAAGCGACCAAUGAUAUAAAUACAUAUACGCUUUCUACGAGAUCUGAUUAAUGAAAAUGAAUAAGAAAAGCAUACAAGUGAUAAUAAUUGAAGGAAGAAACUUGUAUCAUCUUUAUCUUGACGUUUUUCUCGAGCAUAAUGUCACUAAUGAUUUAAGUUAUCUCUGUUCUUUUGUUUGUUUAUAAAUAAUAUAUAAAUAUAGACAUAUAAAUAAAUAAAUAAAUAUAUAUAUAUAUACAUGCAAAUAUAAUAUCUUCCACGUAAUGCUUAUGAGGAGAAACUGAUUUCGAUAAAACUAGAUAAAAUAAUAAUAAUAAUAAUAAUAAUAAUAAUUCAAAUAAAACAAAAUCAAGGCUGGUUAAAUUAUUGUCAGUCUUUUUAAAUGCAAAAUUCAAGCAUUCAUGAUAACUCUCUUUUGGUCACGGUGUCAACUAAAUGAUGAAUAAAUUAAAAGUAUAAUAAUAAAUCAAAAUAAAUGAACAAAUAAAUAAAUUUACAAAAUAUCGCGUCCCUGGCCGGACGAAAGAUAAAAUGUGUUUUAUUAUCUUUAUCACGUGGAAAAACUGCGCUCAAUUAUUGCUAAGAAUUACACCUCUUUAUAUACUUACAAACACUUUCUGGCCCAGUAGAAGAGAUAGAAAAAAAAAAAAUAAAGAAUAACUCAAUUGUCGAUCCUCAAAACGAUACAAUUGUACGCAAAAAUUUCAGUUGCAAUUUUUAAAUUCUAAAGCACACGAAAUGAUUUGUUCGUUCCUUUUUUCGGAAACGCGAUAUCGUACUAAUAUCGACAUAUAUAUAUAUAUACGUAUUGACACGAGUUUAUUAAAAGAAAAUGAAGUGAAAUAUCGGUCGGUAAGAUAGCAAAUAAAUAGGCAAGUUAAAAGAAAGAAGGUACGCAGCUUGAACACGUGAAUUUGUUUCUAAUUCAAAAACUGUGUCAAGUACGUUUUUUAAAACUCGACUACCAAUGCGAAAUUGUACUUUAAACAAAGCGACAGCGUUAGACUCAGCGAUUUUCAAAAAAAAAAGCAGUCGAGCUGCGUACAUGUUCUCUUAAAAGUAGUUACGUAUUUCAACGAUGAAAACGAUGACGUUUAAAAGAUCUGUAGAUUUUGUGGUAAACAAUUAAUGAUUUCCUAGUUAUUAUUAUUAUUAUUACUUCUACUUUCAUAAAUAUAAGAAUAAUCACUGUUGUUAUUAUUAUUAUUAACAUUAUUUGAUGAUACAGACUUACUUGUUACUUAAAGAGUAGAAAGGAUGAAAGAAAAAAGGAAAGUGAUCGUAAAUGUCGACAAGUCGUUACUUAUAAACGUCAUUCGCAAUGCGACACAUAAUAAGGCCUCCACGCUAUACUUUAUUGUAUAAUAUUAAUUAGUAAAUAAUUCUAUAACCUGCGCACAAACUAUUUGCAAGACAACUAGAAGUGCACCAAUUUACGGCGUGCGCACACACACCUAAUAUUAAAUAUGCGAACACCGUGUGAAGUCGGCAGAAAAUACUGAUAUUCAUUUUUACUUAGUGCUUAUUAAUUCUUUUUUAUUGAAAAUUAACAUGCGAUAGUAGUGAUAAAUUUCUCUCUCGACUCUCUGUUCGGCUCACUUUUUUAUUUAUGUUGGUCGUUCUGUAUAUUAGCGGCAUUCGGAGAACGUUCAGACCAUAAACAGCGAAAUCUACUUCGUCUGUAAUACGAGAUUAGUUGUAUUACUACUCGAAUGAAAAGUUUUUCAAAGGUCUGCGUAUUCCUUCUUAACACGACACUGCUCUGCAUGCAAAACUGUUUAAAUGUACCUGGCAUAUUGCGUAUUGUGCGAUGCGAAUAACAUUUCUCAAUUUAAAUAUGAAGAACUCUUCUUGUUCAUCGUUAAAUUUCGUUUCCGAGUAAAAUUUACCUCUUUGAAACAUGAGAACGAGCUUUCACGCAGCGCAUGUAUACAAAUCAGUUAAUCCGUGAAUUGAUUAAUGAUAAUCAACUGAACGAUUCUCCCAAUAUUAACCUGAUGUCAUUAUGAUCAUUGUUUAUUUAUUAUUUUCAAAAACAAACAGAAUUCUUUUGUGAGAGAAACACGGACAAAGACAAAAAAAAUUACGAAUGAUUGGUGAAAAGGUGGAU